AUGUGUGUUGCCUUUAAUCCAAAGGACCCUAACACUUUUGCCUCUGGUUGUCUUGAUCGUACGGUCAAAGUUUGGUCUUUGGGACAAGCCACACCUAAUUUUACACUGAAUUCAGGACAAGAAAAGGGUGUUAACUAUGUCGAUUACUAUCCAUUGCCAGACAAGCCAUAUUUGAUAACAUCAUCCGAUGAUUUAACAUGUAAAGUGUGGGAUUAUCAAACUAAAUCUUGUGUAGCUACCCUGGAAGGUCACAUGGCUAACGUUUCCUUCGCAGUUUUCCAUCCAACUUUACCCAUUAUUAUUUCCGGUUCCGAAGAUGGUACUUUGAAGAUUUGGAAUUCAGCCACCUACAAAGUGGAAAAGACUUUGAGUCUAGGUUUAGAAAGAAGUUGGUGUAUUGCAACACAUCCUACAGGUAAAAAGAAUUACAUUGCAUCAGGGUUUGAUAACGGGUUUACCGUCUUAUCUCUAGGUAACGAUGUUCCAACCUUAUCAUUGGAUCCUGUUGGUAAGCUGGUUUGGUCAGGUGGUAAGAAUGCAACGGCUUCUGAUAUUUUUACAGCUGUUAUUCGUGGUAAUGAGCAAGUUGAAGAAGGUGAACCACUUUCCUUACAAACUAAGGAGCUGGGGUCUGUAGAUGUGUUCCCACAAAGUUUAGCUCAUUCUCCAAACGGUAGAUUUGUUACUGUUGUUGGUGAUGGUGAAUUUGUUAUCUAUACUGCGUUGGCUUGGAGAAAUAAGGCAUUCGGUAAAUGUUUCGAUUUUGUUUGGGGUCCUGAUUCCAACAGUUAUGCUUUGAUUAAUGAAUUCCGUCAAGUAGAGUAUUAUAAGAAUUUCAAAAAGGUCAGUUCAUGGCAAUUACCAUUAGAGUACGCUGUUGAAAAAUUAUACAGUGGUGCCUUACUAGGUGCUAAAUCAGAUAACUUUGUUUAUUUCUUUGAUUGGGAAACAGCUAAGUUAGUUAGAAGAAUCGACAUUAAUGUUCGUGAUGUUAUUUGGUCUGACAGUGGCGAACUAGUUAUGUUAAUUAAUAGCGACGACCAUUCAGAUGAAGCUGAUGCAUACUCAUUAAUAUUUAACAGAGAUAUCUUCAAUGAUGCCAUUGAAAAAGAUCAAGUGGACGAAGAAGAAGGUGUAAGUGAUGCGUUCGAUGUUUUAUAUGAAUUGAAUGAAUCAAUCACAUCCGGUAAAUGGGUUGGUGAUGUUUUCAUUUUCACCACCUCUACCAAUAGAUUGAAUUAUUUUGUUGGUGGUAAGACAUAUAAUCUAAGCCAUUAUGCAAAGGAAAUAUACUUAUUAGGGUAUUUGGCUCGUGAUAACAAGGUAUAUUUGGCAGAUAAAGAAAUCCAUGUUUAUGCUUUUGAAAUUUCCCUAGAAGUUCUUGAGUUCCAAACCUUGGUUUUGAGAGGAGAAAUUGAAGAUGCAAUGGAAUCAGUAUUACCAAAUAUUGAAGGAAAAGAUGCUUUAACCAAGAUUGCUAGAUUUUUGGAAGGUCAAGAAUAUUAUGAAGAAGCUUUGAAUGUAUCACCAGACAGAGACCAAAAGUUCGAUCUUGCAUUAAAGGUUGGACAAUUAACUCUGGCUCAUGAGUUAUUAACUGAAGAAGAUAGUGAAAUGAGAUGGAGAUCAUUAGGUGAUUCUGCGUUAUCGAAAUUUAAUUUCAAAUUAGCCAUUGAAUCCUAUACGAAUGCACAUGAUUUAGAAUCAUUAUUCCUGUUACAUUCAUCAUUUAACGAUAAAGAUAAUUUAAUCAAAUUGGCUAAAAAUGCUGAAAUUCAAGGUAAAUUUAAUCUAGCAUUCAAUGCUUAUUGGGUUGCUGGUGAUAUUGAAAGUAUUAAGGAAUUACUAGUUAAAGCGGGUAGAUAUUCAGAGGCAUCCAUACUUGCAGUGACAUAUGGUUCCAGCCCAGAAAGUAUUAAUGAUGUCAUUAAAAAAUGGAAAGAUCACUUAGUACUAGAAGGUCAUGGCCCAAUUGCUGAUAGAAUCAUUCUACCCAGUGAGGAAGGAUUUCCAGUGGUUUCAGCUGCUCAAGGUACAUUAAUUGAUAUAGAUUCUAAGAACAAUUUGACGAGUAAUACUAAUGAGGAGACACAAGCUGAUAUAAAGGAUGAAAAGCUGUCUGUUAUAGAGUCUGAUGAGGUUAUUGCAGAGGAAACAGAAAAAAAAUCCGAUGAAUCUAGUGCUGCCGUUGAAGAAGAAAAGGAACCAGAACAGCCAGCUGCUGCUGCCGCCGCCGAGGAGGAGGAAGAUGAUGAUGCUGAAAAAUAA